AUGGCGGGCCGGCAGUCCCUACGGUCUCAGCUUCGUGCGCUUCACCAGAGUGUUCCGGAGGUUUUCCGAAACCAGGACUUUCUGUUUCAGCAGGAAACUGAAGACCCCGACCGCGUGCUGGAGAGACUGGAGGCUGUAGAAGAGCUCGAGAAAGAACAGCAACGCAAAUAUCGAGCUGUGUUUAUUCCUGUCGACCCUCACUUGGAAAAGGAAAUCAACUGCGAAAUCCUCAAUACGGAUAUUCGCAAUUACCCAUGGAAAGAGACGCCCUUCGGGGACGUAUACUAUUCGCCACGGUACAGUGACGAAAGGUACACGUACCGCCAUGUGAUUUUGUCACGAGGCGUCCGCAAGGAGGCGGAAAAACUAGCAUCUACAAUGCCAGAUGGCUUGCUGACGGAGGACAUGUUCAUACACUGCCUCGGCAUUGCCUUGUCCCCUGGGUGGACGCACUUUAUGUGUUUCAACCGGAAGCUGAAGGAGCUUAUUUUGCGGAGACCACGAGAAGAUGACAACCCCAAAGCCAGAGUAUCGGCGAAAGUAGACGGAGCGCCAGGGGAAGGCGAUGAGGUAGAUGUCGACAGCGACGAUGACACUCAACCCGGAGCGAACCCGCGACGCGCUGACCGUUGGAAGGCGAGGGCAAGAGGUAUCUGCCGGAACGCGGAUGAGAAUUGUGUCACCGCCACUUUUCAUGAGAAUGCAACGGCGGGAGGGCGGACAGAUUUAGACGCGGAAGCGCAACCGAGCGAAGAUGUGAGUCGCCACGAGUCGUGUGAAAGAGACUCCCACCCGGAAAAGCCUGUUCCGGUGUCGUGCCCCCCGUGCAUUAGCCAAUCAGCAACAGGAAGAAAUCUUCUGCCGUCGUCUCGGAGGCCUCAAGAACGGAAUAUGGAUGGGAGCAGUUCGUCAGAUUCCAGGCCGUCAUCAUCAACUGAUAGUGCGAACCUCGGAGCUCGCACAACAUGUAGGCCCACGAAUGUCUUUUCCCCGUCGAAGGCGCAGGGUCGCGAAGAGGAGAAUUCUGAGCAGUGUCCGACCUCCAGUCAGGAUAGCCAAACCGUUACCAUAGCGCGGGUUCCAACCAUGUACAGCAGUAGCGUACACAGCGGCGUGCCCGUGGAGAACAAACUGGGCAUUGAUGGGGCGCGACAGAAGCGCGAAAGGGAGACAGACCCGCCACGGCGGCCGAGUCAGGACGAAUCAAGGCCAAAGUGUCAGCGUGCAGGAAAUGUUGCUCCCCUCUAA